AUGGACAGAGUUCUCCAGGGUUUGCGAUUGGCAAAGACAGCGUUGGGCCUGGUGCCCGUGUCUGUGCCCGGACUGGGUCCGGCCGUCGAGCUCGCGUUGAACAUUGUGGAGUUAGUCCAGAAGGCGAAGAGUGCGAAGGGGGAGUGUGCGGCACUCGCGCUGCGUGCCGCGGGAUUUUCGCUCGGUAUAUACGAGCAGCUGAAGCAUGCACCAGACGUAGACAUGACUGGCAGCACCGCGGAGCCUAUCGCCGCGCUACUCUGCACCUUGUGGGACGUCGAGAACCUCAUGAAACGGCAGGCGAAGAAACGUACAAUAAUGACCGUACUCUGGAAGCAACAGGAGUUGGAGGACCAUAUUGCGAAGCUAAACAAACAACUAGACGACGCUUUCAAGAUGUUCGAGGUCCAAAGCGCUAUCGCAACACGGGAGGAUCUAAUGCGGAUCUCUACGGGACAGAGGUUCCUCGUCGAGCGCGCAGAAGACACCACACGGGUCCAGGAUAUGCUCCUAAACCGUACCGUCCACAUCGAUGAGAACAUGACGAAGGUAUUGCAGCACAUAGCUGUCAGCAUGAUCACUACCGACGAGGACGCGGGUACGAUGGUGCUCAAACGGAAGGAUUUUCGGUUGAUCAGCCGGAUAGACGUCUCGGUCGACAACAUGUUGUACGACGGCGACGGGGCCACAGAGCGCUACGAGCUGCGCGUAGAAAAGACAAAGGAGACGCUCAUCAUCAAGAAGUACUCUGGCAAGGACUCUGAGGCUUUCCGCAGUGCCAUCCGGCGCCGGAAGGAAUUCGCGCUGCGUUCGCGGGAUCUCAUGCCGAACCCUCACAUUGUGGAACUGGUGGCGUAUUCCUCACCGGAGCUCCCGUACGGGUUCGUGGCAAUUCCCGAGCACAUCCCCUUCGAAGAGGCCUUCCAGAAAUUGCACGGUACUGACAGGUUCCUGCGCACUCUUGACGUGGCGAAGCAGCUGCAGUCGGCAUUCGACUACCUCGCCCGCGAUCUGAAGUUGGUCAAGGAGGUUGGCAAGCGCGGUUCUGGCUGUAAUUUCGGCACGCGAGACCUGUAUUUCACCCCGGAAGGCACGGUUCGGUGGCAUGCAGACGUGUGGACCAGCGACACGCUACCAGGCAUGCUCUGUAUGGCCGACGGCUACCUCGAGCUCGGCUACGAAGACCACAAAGCUAUCAGAGCGAUCAACCCGACGCGCUUGCGCCAGUUCCUGGACUCGCCGAACCCCAUCGAGCGCGCCGCGACGCUCUUCCUCCUCUGGGACAAGCUCACCGAAUUCACGGACUUCAAUCGCACCGAGGACAACGUCUUCUGGACCGAGGACGUCCCGCUCAUCGGGAGCUGCGUCCACGUGGACACGUGGUCGCCAGAGGGCAAAUACGUGUACAGAAACCAGAAGGCGGAUGUCGUCCAACACCACAACUCUGCAUGCAUGUUCGCCUUCGACGAGGACGACACGAGGGAGGAGUACCGGAAAAUACCGCACGACGGGUACCUGUGUGAGCUGGCCAACAGAAACCGUCUCUUCGACGGCCCCGCGCGGAUUACGAAGAGUGUGCUGACGCGAGACGGGUGUUGGAAACGACACACCGUGCUCGACAUGGACUACGGCAUUGGCAUCCGCACGAUGCAGGAGAUCAUGGAAGAAGACAAGUGCCGCAACUUUUUCCUGACGCAGGCCGUGUACCUCGACCUCCCGCGCUACAUCGCUGACGUCGACAUGCCCCGCGCAGGCCCGGGAGGGCACCUCUCUAUAGUGCACACGCUGCACUUCAUCACCACCAGCCAUCUCGUCUCACUCGGGCCGUCGCCCAUAGGCAAACCGCCCCGUCGGCUGUAUUUCUACGAGCGCACUCAGACCGAGUCGGGGAUGCAGGAGUUCGAUGCGCCGUGGGGGUACUGGUCGACGUCCCCAAAGCCGAUCUCGCCCACGGAGUUCCCGCGGGAGGGCAGGACGCGGCCGGCGGAGAACACGGCGUUCAUCAAGAAGUAUAAAAUGGAGGUCGAGUACUGCGGCCAUGGUCGGGACUUCAAGUUUGUGUGGAUGCAGAGCGUCGCGGGGUUCGUGUUUCGGAUCGAGGCUAUGGUCGUUGUACAGAGCUACCGGCUGACGAUGGACGAACGUCUGAUUCUGCGCGACGUGGAAGAAUGCCUCACCGAUGCGUACGCGCGCAACAGGAGGGUGCCGCCGACUGUUAUCCGGCAGAACGUGCGGCGCAAGCGGGUGGAGAUCGAGGAGGUCGAGAGUUACGGACGCUCGAAACGCAGGCGGCUCCUGGAAUAA